CUGUGCGCCCAGCUCGCCCCUCCCGCACAGCUCGGGCCAAUAGGGCCGUAGGGCCACCGAACGCGCAGUAUAUAUGCGGGUGCGUGAUAACGGUCGACAUCAUUCGAUUUUUGAGACGUUGGUGUAUAACUCUUUCUAGCAAUAAACAAGUGUUACAUUUCAACUCUGACUCGUCGAUAUCCUCUACUUCCACAUCAACAUCCUACAAAUUUGGGGGCUCGUCCAGCCGGAAUCGACGCAACUAGAUUGAAAUUCUGCGAGCUAAGAAGAAACAGCGAGAAAACAGCGAGAAACAGUGAGAAAACAGCGAGAGACAGCGAGAAACGACGAGAGACAGCGAGAAACAACGAGAGACGACGAGAGAUAGCGAGAAACGACGAGAGACGACGAGAAACAGCAAACAAGAUGAGUGGCAGAGAACCGAGCGAUUUCACCAUCGUCGAGUUGAAGGAGAAAUUAAAGGAUCUUGGUUUAAGCCUAACAGGGAACAAAGCCAAGCUAAUCGCCCGAUUGAUCGAAGCGGAUCCAACGGGAGCGUGGAUGCAAGACGCUCCGGAAGUUGCAGAGACAAACACGACGGGCGCGGCAGCUUUGCCAACCGCCGACAACCACCAAAGAGAGAUCGAGUUAUACCGGCGGGAAAAAGAGCUUGCUGAUCGUGAGUUGGCUCUUGCCAGAGCAGAAAUACAAUUACUACGAGAUAUGCAGCGAUUAAAUGUGUCCGACCGAGAGCAGCGAAUAGAACGGGAAACAGUAUCGUCUAAGUUGAACAUAACGGCCGUAGCAGAUCUACUGGGCCACUUCAACGGAGAUACUGGCGACUACAGAAAUUGGGAGCAACAAUUAACAUUGCUAAGGAGGACGUACGGCCUAACGGAGAACUAUACCAGAGUCUUAAUCAGUAUGAGACUCAAAGGAAAGGCUCUAGAGUGGUUCCAUUCUGAACCUACUCGCGUAGAGUCCGCCGUCGACGACCUGCUGAGUGAGCUGCGUGAGAUGUUCGAUCAUCGACCGAACAAGAUAGAGCUGAGAAAGACGUUCGAGCAAAGAGUAUGGCAAAGAAGUGAGACGUUCCACGAAUACGUUCACGCGAAGACAAUCCUCGCUAACCGAGUUCCUAUCGACAAGGACGAGGUACUAGACUACAUUAUUGACGGCAUACCAGUGGUGAGCCUGAGAGAUCAGGCGCGCGUCGGAGGAUUUACAUCGAAGGCAUCAUUACUGCGAGCUUUCGAAAAAGUGAAUUUGAAGGAGAGACUGCCUGCCAGUGUUACGAAAAAGACGGAGCCAUCCGGAGGUCGUCGUCAGGAUGCAGAGAAAGCGGGCAAGAAGGAGGUCCCGCAGAACGAGAGACGGUGCUUCAACUGCGGCCAGCGGAACCACGUGAGUGCGGACUGCCCAACAAAGGCGGAAGGACCGAAGUGCUUCAGUUGCGGCGGACGCGGGCAUCUGGCAUCGAAGUGCGAUAAGCAGCAAAAGACGGUGAGCGACACCGACGUUGUUACGAAAAGCGUCCGAAAAAGGUAUGUGAAAGAAGUGUCAAUUAGCAAUCGGAAAUUAGAAGCACUCAUCGACACCGGAAGCGAUAUCUGUAUAAUGCGCGCGGAUCAAUACAUUAGAAUAGGCGCUCCGAAAUUAGAGAAAAGUGAAAUUCAAUUUUGCGGUGUAGGCUCCGGAAAUAACGUAACUUUAGGCGAAUUUAAUACAGUUAUAACUAUUGAUGAUAAGAACUAUCCGAUGCUUAUCCGUGUCGUUUCGGAUACGCUCAUGAAACACAGCCUGCUCAUCGGUGCAGAUUUUCUAAAGACUGUAAAAACUACGAUAAAUGCGGAAAAAAUCACUAUCGAUGCACUGGAAUCCAAUUCAAAAAAUAAAGAAUUCAGCGAGAUAUCUAAGAUAGAUUUAGAUCUCGACGAAGCAAACAAUAUAGACGUAACGCAUAUAUCGAAUACGGAAUGUAGAGACACGGUUAAAAUUUUAAUUGACGAGUAUGAGCCAAAGAAAACGCGAGAAGUCGGAUUAAAGAUGACGAUAUUAUUAAAAGACGAUGAGCCUGUGUAUCAAAGAGCAAGACGAUUGUCGCCGUUAGAAAAAGAGCAAGUAAACGCGCAAAUAAACGAGUGGAUACGCGAGGGCAUUGUGCAGCCAUCUUUGUCGGAAUACGCGAGUCCUGUCGUAUUAGCAAAAAAGAAAGACGGUUCAAUCAGAUUGUGCGUGGACUACCGGCAAUUAAACAAAAAGAUAGUUAAAGAUCGGUACCCUUUACCGCUCGCGGAGGAUCAAUUUGACUCAUUGCAAGGCGCGAAUUAUUUUACUACGCUCGAUUUAGAGAACGGGUUUUUUCACGUUCCGAUGGACGAACAAAGCCGGAAAUUCACAGCCUUUAUCGUACCAGAUGGGCAUUUCGAAUUCUUACGAGUUCCUUUCGGUUUGUGCAAUUCUCCAGCCAUCUUUCAGAGAUUCAUUAAUAUAAUUUUUCAAGAUUUAAUACAAGCCAAAACAAUAUUAACUUACAUGGACGAUUUAAUUAUACCGUCCGUUGAUCUUAAAACAGGAGUGGAGAAUCUCCGAAUAGUAUUAAAAAUCGCGAGUGAAGCCGGAUUAAAGAUCAAUUGGAAAAAGUGCCAAUUCUUGCAACAGCGAGUAGAAUACCUUGGUCACGUGAUAGAAAACGGUUGCGUGAGACCAUCGGAGCGCAAAACGGAGGUAGUAAGAAAAUUUCCCGAGCCCAGUUCGACGAAACAGGUUCAAAGCUUUUUGGGAUUGAGCGGGUAUUUCAGAAAGUUCAUUUCUCAAUACUCAACUAUUGCGCGCCCGUUAACGAAUCUAUUAAGAGCGGAUUCGAAAUUCGAGUUUGGCGAAAGAGAGAGAGAGUCAUUUGAGCAAUUGAAGGAAAUCCUUUGUAAUGGUCCGAUUUUAAAUUUAUAUAUAACAGGCGCGGAAACCGAGUUGCACACUGACGCGUCGACACACGGAUACGGUGCAAUUCUUUUACAAAAGAAUAAGAGCGAUAACGCGAUGCAUCCGGUCUAUUAUUGUAGUGGUAAAACCACGCCGGCGGAAGAAAAAUACACGAGCUACGAGCUAGAAGUAUUAGCUAUCAUUAAAGCACUCAAAAAAUUCCGAGUCUAUUUGUUAGGAAUACCGUUUAAAAUCAUUACCGACUGUCGUGCGUUCGCGGCUACAAUGAACAAAAAAGAUUUAUGCGUGCGCGUAGCCCGAUGGGCUUUACUGCUAGAAGAAUACAAUUAUACGAUAGAGCAUCGGCCGGGUAAAAAUAUGGCACACGUCGAUGCCUUGAGUCGCAACCCGUUACCGCAAUGUAUGCUAAUAGAAGCUCAUAAAGACAGUUUACUAGCGCGAUUAGAGAAAGCUCAACAAAACGACGUUGACAUUAAAAGAAUUUUUGAUAUCGCUAAAACACAAAAAAUUGACGGGUAUGUCAUAAGAGACCGAGGCACAGCCUUUACGUCGAACGAUUUUCAAAAUUACUGUAAAGAGGAAAAUAUCAAGCAUGUGCUUAUAACAACCGGAAUACCUAGAGCUAACGGUCAAGCGGAACGAAUAAACCGUACAUUAAUUCCCCUGUUAACUAAGCUCGCGGAUCCGAAACGAGAAGAGUGGUAUAAGCAUUUAGGUUUAGCACAGCAAUGUCUUAAUACGACAUUACACAGAAGUUUAGGUGCAUCUCCAUUCAAUGUUUUAUUUGGAACUCAUGCGCGUCUCCGGGAUGCUUGUGAAAUGCGCGAAUUGUUAGAACGGGAAUGGAUCUCCGAAUUUCAAGAAGAUCGCGAUGAGAUUAGAGAUCGCGCUAAAGAAAACAUUGCGAGAAUUCAAAAAGAAAACAAACACGAAUUCGAUAAAAAGCAAAAAAAAGCAACGAGUUACAGCGAAAGCGAUCUAGUAGCGAUUAGACGUACGCAGCAAGGCCCAGGACUGAAAUUAGCUAAUAAGUAUCUAGGCCCUUAUAAAAUCAUUAAGAUACUACGCAAUAAUAGAUACGUAGCCAGGAAGGUGGGCGACCAUGAAGGCUCAUGGGAGACAUCCACUGCCGCCGAUUAUAUUAAACCGUGGGCGAGCAUAAUAGAUAAGUCUGAAGAAAUGAGCGAUUUAGAUCUAGAAAAUAAUGCGGACUAA